GAUUACUCACAGCAAAAGUGUCUCUGCCUUUAUCUUAUCUUUCACCCUUUCUCACCAAGAGUUGCGAGUGUUUUCCUUGGUUAUAGUCGUUAGUUUAUGUCAAAGGAUAUGUUGCACACAUAGACCCUCCUAUUUUCCCACCUUCAAUCAGGUAGGAGUUCUUAGCGCUACCCACAGACAUAGUACCCGCCAUGAGCUUUUCAUCACGUGCUCUUGCUGGGCCUCCCUCUAGUGGUAGAUUAUUAUAGUUUUGUUUUGCACAUAUACACAUGAAACGAUAAACUUGACCGCGAGUUGUGGUUGAAAUGGGGUAUGUAUGGUGGAUGGAAGUCCUCUGUAAGAUUGGAUGGCUGGCAUUAGUGUAAAUUUACUUUUUUUCCUGUGUACUACUGUAUUUUCUAUUAUCAUGUUUCUUUUAUUUUUGAAAUGCGGGUUAUGCAUGUAAAGGUGUUCAUCUUUUUCCCCAUUGGACUCUCUAUUAUGACCACCCAGUGUAGAAGUGAGAAGCGUUAGGAAGUAAAAACACAAAGACAUAGAUGUUUUUUGAAAAGCUAGCCGCAUUUGACGAUUUAGAUAUCACCUCGACGGCCUUCCGCGCCACCGUUUCCGAGGAGGAACCUUUUAAUUUCGCGGCGUAUGCUUCUCAGGAUAUUCACGCUUCGGUGCGCAUCACCCAUCUCUAUUAUACCCCUCCCAGUUCUUUAAAGGAUCUACGCGAGUAUUACGACAAACGCCCGGGGACUCGUGAAGCCAACCGCGAGGUGGUCGCGUUCCUGCAGCAACUGGAGGAGGGGCAAACGACGCCGUGCUCCUCCUCCACCCCUUUAGCUCAGCCACCGCCCGUGCUAUCGGUCGUUGCGAAGGUGCGUAGCCUAACCGCGAACAACCAGGUCGCGUCUUUCGUGAUCGCGUGCUUUCCAUUCGAUUUGAAUCGUCUGACGCGCAUCCCAUCCCUGCCGGCGUCGGCUGCUUCGUCUUCGGAAAAACCGAAAUCGCCGUCUUUGGCGGUUCUUCCUGGCAUCCCCGUCGUCCCCAGUGAUGUGGUGGGGUGUCUGAACAUCCGGCUUGACGUCGAUGGCUCCGUAGGGUUCGAAGUGGAGGGCCCUGGGCGGGUGACGUUCUUUGGGGAGCAGUCCUCUGCGCUUAUCCCGGAGUGGAUGAAUCAUCACAUGUUUUCGGUCGGGAAGGAUGACGAGGAGAUGCCGGAGGAUGACAGCGAUGACGGGUUCGAUGAGAUGUACCGCGCAGUGAUAUUCUAA